AUGGACGUGAAGAGGGUGAAGGACUACCUGUACUGGCUGUACUACCAGUACCAGCUGGUGACGUGCAGCUACGUGCUGGAGCCCUGGGAGCAGUCCAUGUUCCACACCAUCACUGUCACUGUGCUGGCCAUGGUGGUGUACACAGCCUACGUCUUCGUGCCCAUCCACGUCCGCCUGGCCUUGGAAUUCUUCUCCCAGAUUUUCGGGCCCCGGCCCGAGAGCGCGGUGCUGAACUGA